CAGAGCUGUGGUAGGAGGCCUAGGGUCGGGCCGGCCCGGCGGGCGGCGGCGCUCUCCCGGAUCACAGCGCCUAGCGGCGGCGCGAAGAUGCGGCUGCGGCUCCUGGCGCUGGCGGCGGCGAUGCUGCUGGGUCUGGCCCCGGAGGUCUGUGGUGCUCUCAACGUCACUGUGUCCCCAGGACCUGUGAUUAACUACUUGGAAGGGGAAAAUGCCACCCUCCUCUGCCACGUCUCCCAGAAGAGACGGAAGGACAGCUUGCUGGCCGUGCGUUGGUUCUUUGCCCGCAAUGGCUCCCAGGAGGCCUUGAUGGUGAAGAUGACGAAGCUUCGGGUGGUUCAGUACUAUGGGAACUUCAGCCGUACUGCCAACCAACAGAGGCUGCGCCUGCUUGAGGAGCGCCGAGGAGUGCUGUACAGGCUGUCUGUCCUGACACUCCGGCCAGCGGAUCAAGGGCACUAUGUCUGCAAAGUGCAAGAAAUCAGCAAGCACAGAAACAAGUGGACAGCCUGGUCUAAUGGCUCCUCGGCGACAGAAAUGAGAGUGAUCUCCCUCAAAGUUGAUGAAGAUUCCUUUGAGAAAAAGAAAGUGACCUGGACGUUUUUUGAAGAUCUCUACAUGUAUGCCGUCCUUGUGUGCUGUGUGGGCAUCCUCAGUGUUCUGCUCUUCACCCUGGUCAUUGCCUGCCAGUCUGUGUUUCACAAGAGGAAAUCUAGAGUGAGACAUUAUUUGGUGAAAUGCCCUCAGAACAGUUCAGGGGAGACUGUCACCAGUGUGACCAGCCUGGCCCCACUGCAGCCACAGAAGGGCAAGAGGCAGAAGGAGAAACCAGAUGUUCCACCUGCAGUCCCUGCCAAAGCUCCGAUAGUUACCACUUUCCACAAACCAAAGCUGCUGAAACCACAGAGGAAAGUCGCCCUGCCAAAGAUCACUGAGGAAAACUUGACCUAUGCCGAGCUGGAGCUGAUCAAACCACACCAGGCUGCCAAAGGCGUCCCCACCAGCACCGUGUACGCGCAGAUCCUCUUUGAGGAGAACCAGCUGUAGUGACACACCUCCCUUCUGGCUGUCACCUGUGCUCCGAGUUAUUUAUGAUACUCAGAAACAACUGCCCUAUUUUUGUAUUUUCUCUUGUGCCUUCCAUGUGCUGAGGAGCCCCUUCGAUAGCAUUCUGAUGUCUUCUAAGAGGUAUGCACUCCCCAGGAAAGAAAGGAUACAGCCCUUGGCCAUGUCUCCUAAGACAAGAGGUCCCUGACCUGAUCCUGAGGUGCAAGGAUUCUGCUACAGAGAGCAUCUGCUGAGCCAACUCUUAUCACCUUCUUCUUCUCUUCUUGGGUCUUAAUUUAUAGGGGAAACUUAUUAAAUCUUAAUUUUGAUCUGCCAUCCUCACUGAGAAGCCAAACACAUAGUUUAUAUAGCCACAGGGAAUGCCUGUGGAGGUCACAGAGAGCAGUGGGAUAUGUGGACUCACUGGUUCUCUGAGGUUCAGAUGGUAUUGCUGGGGCACCCAGAGCACAGCCAGCCUCUGAUGGGU